AUGGCUGAGAACCCAUUAUCUCAGCCAGAGCAAUCAGUACCAGCACAAAGCAAUGCUGGUGCCGAAAUGCCUCCAUGCCGAAAGCGACUCCGACACGAUGCCUAUACCAUCGGUUGGGUAUGUGCUCUUCCAAAGGAACAGACCGCAGCCAGGGCCAUGCUAGAUGAAGAGCACGAACCUCUUCCGACCCCUCGCAAUGAUCAUAAUGCAUAUAAGCUUGGCUCAGAGAUCACCAACAGCUUGGUGACGGCAAUUGAGAUUCGUCCUUCGCCACUCUGCUACCUCCAUCUGCUUCAAGGUGGCGGAGCGGUUGGCGACGUGGCAGCUGAUGAAAAUGCCUUUGGCUGUCGAGAUUGGGACUUUGCCUGUAUUGUAUACAACAUCGCCAUGAACUUGUUGCCCUUGAGUAGCGGCUUUUACGGUGCAGAUCUCGGACCUGACCCUAGAGACGCCGCACUGGCGGUCAAGGCUUUUGGACCAAAUCGGCCGCGUCUCGCCCGUCUCAAGCACACCUCAGACCCGCGCAAUGUGCUGGCAUACGCCUGCCCUCUCUCAAAAGCACCGAUGGAACCGAGGCUCAUUAUUCUCGUCACAGGAGAUAGCUGCGCCGGUAAAGACUAUUGCGCCGACGUCUGGGUCUCCAUGUUCCUCAAAUGCACCCAGAAAGGCCUCGUGGCGCGCGCAGUCAGCAUCAGCGAUGCGACUAAGCGAGAAUACGCGGCCGCUACCGGUGCCGACCUGAACUGUCUGCGUCAGGACCGUGCCUACAAAGAGCAACACCGAUCAGCGUUGACAACAUUCUUCCAGCAUCAGGUGCCAAAUCGACCUCGGUUGCCCGAGGAGCAUUUUCUAAAUGUGGUAUAUGGCGCUGCAGAUGUAGACGUGCUGCUAAUCACCGGGAUGAGAGAUGAGGCCCCGGUCGCGGCCAUGUCGCAUUUAGUGCCGGAUAGCAGACUGCUUGAGUAA